AUGAGUCAUUCACGAAUCAUUUCUCAGUUAUUUGUGGAUGCCCUCGUUCUGUCCACAAUUUCUUUCCGCCCCAAGUCUUUUAAGUUCUUUAACAUCUAUAUUCUUGCACUUCCAAUGGCAUCCCUUCGCUCCGUACUCAAGAGCCAGAGCUUGCGACACACCGUGCGAUCCUACUCCUCGCAAACCAUGCCUCCCGCCUCACCCUUUGCUCCCCGCCACUUCCUCUCCAUUGCGGACCUCUCGCCCUCCGAGUUCGCAACCCUUGUUCGCAAUGCCUCCUCACACAAACGGGCUAUCAAGUCGGGGUCAAUGCCCCAAAACUUGCAGGGAUCACUCCUUGGGAAAACUGUGGCCAUGAUCUUCAGCAAACGAAGCACGAGGACAAGGGUAUCUACAGAAGGGGCCGUUGUGCAGAUGGGAGGUCAUCCGAUGUUCUUGGGCAAGGAUGAUAUCCAACUAGGUGUCAACGAGUCCCUAUACGACACCUCCGUUGUCAUUUCGUCCAUGGUAUCCUGCAUUGUAGCCCGUGUCGGUAAACAUGCAGAGGUCGCAGAUCUGGCGAAGCACUCUUCGGUUCCAGUCAUCAAUGCUUUGUGUGACUCUUUCCACCCUCUCCAAGCCGUGGCCGAUUUCCAGACCAUCUAUGAAGCAUUCACCCCCAAGGCGCACCACCUUUCAAGUCUAGGGUUGGAAGGAUUGAAGAUCGCUUGGGUGGGUGACGCCAACAACGUCCUGUUCGAUAUGGCCAUUGCUGCUACAAAAAUGGGUGUCGACAUUGCUGUCGCUACUCCCAAGGGGUACGAAAUCCCUCCUCACAUGCUGGAGCUCAUCAAGUCUGCUGGAGAGGGUGUCUCGAAACCAGGAAAGCUUCUGCAAACCAAUAUUCCCGAAGAAGCGGUCAAGGACGCCGAUAUUCUGGUCACAGACACCUGGGUCUCUAUGGGCCAAGAGGAAGAGAAGGCUCAGAGGCUGAAGGAGUUUGAUGGUUUCCAAAUCACUGCUGAACUCGCCAAGCGAGGAGGAGCUAAGGAGGGCUGGAAGUUCAUGCACUGUCUCCCGCGACACCCUGAGGAGGUCAGCGACGAGGUUUUCUACAGCAACCGGUCACUUGUCUUCCCUGAGGCUGAGAACCGGUUAUGGGCUGCGAUUUCCGCCUUGGAGGGUUUCGUUGUCAAUAAGGGAAAAAUUGAAUAAAUAUAACCAGGCUUCCAUUUAAAUAUAUAGAGGCUGGCGUUAUCAAACUGAUGAGUUGACGGGUAUGAGAUCAUUCCGUCCCUAAAUAUAUUUACUCCGAUCACGUAAAAGCCUGUUAGUAGAAGCAUUUUCCCAAUUAUCCUGACCAAUUCUUUCUAGCAUAUAUCAAAUAACUAAUUGACAUGUUCUCUCGCUUCCUUAUAUUACUCAGAGUAUUGGAAAUGGGGCAAAUCGCACCCGGUGACUUUCACAUGUCACGAAUGCGGAGUCGUCCUAGCCAAGGUAGAUCCAGGCCUAACACACCCCAACCCUCGACUCUCCUCAUUCCAUACUCUUGACCUCUAUCCAGCACAUUCUUCUGAGGUUUCGCAAUGGCUGUAGGUCGAC